GGCGCGGCUGCCUCUCACUCUGUACUCCUCCUUCACAGCGGUCACGUGCUCUGCUCUCCCUCGCUCUCACUCGCUCGCCAGGUGUGACUCGCGCCGCUCAACAGACGCGCCGAAGAAGAGGAGGAAAGUGAAAGAGAAAGACUGAGAGAAAUGUUGAUAAAAAAAUGGUGAAGAGAUAGAAGAGAAAGGAGAGAAGAGAGAAAGCUUACUGAUUGAUUCUGAAGCAAGAAGGAAAAGAGAGGAUAGAAAAAAGAAGAGAAGAGAAGACUGAUUGAUUCGAAGACGAGAGAAAGAAAAGAGAGAGAAGAUUGAGUGUGUAGGUGUGAAACAAGAAGAGGAAAGAGAAAAAAAAAAUAGAAGAUUGACUGGUUUUGAGAGAAGAAAGAAAGAAGAUUGAUUUUUGGUCAAGAUUAGCUGACCGACUUUACAACUCAGAGAAGAAUAAAGACAAGAAAGAUAGAUUUUUAACCUCAAGGAAGAAAAAGGAGGAGAGAGCAAAAGAGAAAGAGGAGAAAAGAGAAGAAUAACUCACUGAUAUUAAAGUUCGAAGAAGAAAAAUAACGGAAGAGAGAGAAGAGAGGAAGUUGACUGACAUAUCUUAGGUCAAAGAAGAAAAGAAAAUCAGAAAAAAACAGAAGAGAGGAAUGAAAGUUAACUGAUAUCAAGUUCAAAGAAGAAAAGAAAAAAAAAGAAGUUAACAAAGCGAUAGUCAAGUUCAACAAAGAAAACGAAACAAAACAGAAGAGAAGAGAAGUCAGAGGCAGUCAGAGUUAGUAAGAGGAAGUAAGAAAGAUGACGUCGGGGAGCAGCAUGGCAGACGUGACCACGCUGAGUCCCACGGAGCAGUCCCACUCCCUUGCCCAGCACUACAUCAACAUCCCAGCCUCAGAAUCGUGGAGCGUGGUGGCGGGGUAUGUGCUGCUCGGGCUGGUGGCGACGGUGGUGCUGGUGCUGGUGGUGCUGGUGCUGGCCAGAUCUUCCCCCACCUCCUCGUUCUUCCCUAGGCGUGAUGUGGAGAGCGGGCGUGUGUGGUGGGGCGGCGGCCGAGGUCUCGACGCUCAAGCUGCUGUCAUGAUCUCGCAUUCUCUCCCCGAUCUCUCUCGCUCAGUCUCACAGGAGCUUCUGUUGCCUUGCGAUAAUAAGAAGGUACCUCGGCAGACCACGCUCCCCACAGUGCCGCAGCGCCAUGCCUCCUUCCAGCGCCAGCUCUCCCAACGCCUCCACCUCGACCCAGUGCAGUUCUCCGUGUGUCACCUGGAGCGGAAGGACGACCUCGGUCAUCUGAAGCCUGAACUUUACCGUAACGAGCUGGUGCGGCAGUCAUCAGUGGACAGCAGCGGCGCGGGCUCUGACACGGAGACUGUGGGACGCCUGUCUUUCACCCUCAAGUACGACCAGGACAUCGAGGGGCUGGUGGUCAAGGUGCUGUCCGCCAACGACCUGCCAGUGAAGGACGUGACUGGAUCCUCAGACCCUUACGUCAAGGUGUACCUGCUGCCAGACCGCAAGAAGAAGUUUUGCACGAAGGUCCACAGACGCAACCUUAAUCCGGAGUUCAACGAGACAUUUGUGUUCAGCGUGGGGUGGGGCGAGCUGAAGGACUGCACGCUUCAGUUCAGCGUGUACGACUUCGACCGCUUCAGCCGCAACGACCUCAUCGGGCAGGUGGUAGUGCGGGGCGUGGCCGACUACUGCCACCCCGACCUGGAGACCGACUACCAGAUGGACAUUCUCAACACUCGCCACGACCAACGUGAGUUAGGCGAGGUAAUGCUGAGUCUGUGCUACCUGCCCACCGCUGGCCGCCUCACCCUCACCGUGAUCAAGAUGAGGAACCUCCGCGCCAUGGACAUUACGGGCUCUUCAGAUCCGUACGUGAAAGUGUGCUUGCUGUGCCAGGGGCGGCGCAUCAAGAAGAAGAAAACCACGGUGAAGAAGUCGACCCUCAACCCCGUGUACAACGAGGCUCUGGUGUUCGACAUUCCCAACGAGAACAUCGAGGACGUGACGCUCCUGGUGAAGGUGGUGGACUAUGACAGACUGGGCGCCAACGAGCUGCUGGGCGUGGUGGUGAUCGGACCCCAGGUGAUUGGGCCAGGUCGUGACCACUGGCUGGAGAUGUUGGAGUGCCCACGGCGACCCGUCACGCAGUGGUACCCCCUGACGGAGAGCGUGCCCAUCAACCUAGUCACCUCCCCUACCCGCGGCCUGCCUCCCACGCUCUCCUGCUUCGGCGCCAGCUCCACGUGAAGUCGAGGCAGCGGUGCUCACCCGGCCCUCGCCUAACCGACUCUGUCCACUCGUGACAUGGAGGAGGCUCGCGGUGGCGUCCUUGUUUGUGCAGGGAACGCACGGCCGCACCACUGCUUGUAGCCACCUCUAGUAGCUGCUCUCACGCCAAGCACAGCGACUCUCAAGCCUUCAUAGCCCUUCAAAGUCUACCACCUCCUCCAAGCCCCUCACAACACCUCCAUUUACUCAUGACCACGCAGAAACCGUUAUAGUCUCUCCUAACCCUUCGCAAUUUUCAUUUCAGUCCCUCCUUUACCAGUCACAAUAUUCCCAUAGCUCCUCAGUCUCUCAGUUUCUCCUUUACCUUUCACAACCUCAUCUUUACCCAUCAACGAUCUUUCCUCGUCUUUAAUUCCUGAUCAAUAAACCCAGUCACUCAAAGCUUCCCGCACCUUUUCCUCACAUCAUGAUUUCUUCCAGUCCUCCACAGCCUCUCCUUCACCCUUCACAACCACGUCCUAGCCCUCAUUUCCUCACAUCCUUCCUACAGUCCCUCUCCACGACACUCCCAAAACACCCCCAACGGUCCAACCUUUCCUCAGUUCUCACAACCACCUCCUCACUUCGAGACACCCUUGCCAGUCUUGCAUUUCUUCCUUCUAAAUGGCUAGGCUGUUAGAGAGCUCAGAAUUUUGGAAUUCAGUUGAUGGUCUGUACAUUUAACCAGGAUAUCUCAUCAUUAGCCUCUGUUUGGCUUCGACGGCAGUGAGUGUCCUGAGAGAGAGAGAGAGAGAGAGAGAGAGAGAGAAGGCUAAUGUUUAUGUGUAUAGAUGCCUCCCGAAUACGUAGUGAAUCUGUUUCUGUAGCUUCAAACUCUUCAUUAUGUUGUGUUCAUGCUGUCUCGAUGCUUCGGUUUGCUGUGCUUAACCAGUCAUCGGGAACAAGCUGUAAUCUGCACAGUGUUCGUAAAAAGCUGUUGGUAUAUGUGAAGAUACAUAUGUUUAGUAGCAAAAAAACAUAUCCUUGUCGUCAUCGAGAGAAAUUCUAUUGUUUUCUGAAUUUCAUAUGCAAAAAAAGAAUACUUGUAAUAGAUGUCCUUCCGCAAUACGUACUAUGAUACUUUUUUCAUCUCGUUUCGGCUUCGGUCUCGGUCUACUAUUGACGUACGACAGUGUUGCCACUCAAGGAAUUUUUCAACUGGAUUAAUUUUCUUUUUCGUCCUUCAAGUUUUUAGAUUUUUUUUUUUUUAGGUUCGUCUUAGAGUUCUUGAAAUGCAGUCUUAGGAUCUGUUUUUUUUUAAAGCUAUGGGCUCUCAUAAGGACUAUUUUCAAAAGAUCACAGUGACGAUUGAUCGGGUUCUUAUGAAUAUUUUUCUUAUAACAUGAUGCAAAAUCCUUGUUAGACUAUCACUAUAAUCUUGAAACACACACACACACACACACACACACUCACACACACACACACACA